AUGAGGAGCCGUGAGGCGUCGAGGGCCGCAGCAGAGCCGGCACCCACGCCGUCCUCGGAGCCGCUGUGGCAACGGCCGGCCGAUGCGGUUGCUGUGCCCGCAUCAGUGCAGCGCUUCUAUACCCACUUUAUGACACUUCUCACCCAACAGGGCCGCUGUGGCCCAGCAACGAUAGCAGCGGCAGUAUCGGCCCCACUGCAGCACCACAGCACCUCCACUGCCGACGGUCAAGACGGCACCGAGGACGACGCACUGCGCCGCCUCACUUGUGCCCAAGAAGACGCGCUCGGUCCGCUGCUCUGGCAGUGGUUGGUCCUCUUCUCUUUAGCUGUACAGCCGGCGGGAGAAGCACCGCAGGAGCGCGGUCCUGUUCCGUCCGCGACGGCGGUUGCGUCCGCCGUGUGCUCGGCGGCGCCAUCACACACGCUCGGGCCACACGAUGUGGAGCGACUCUUUCGUUCUGGGUUCUCCUCUCUUCUGCCGGUGGCUGGUAGUGGCGGUGGUGCCGGUGGUUUGCGCGGCAGCCGGCUGCCCCCCGCGGAUCCGCCCGCGCCCUGGCACAGCGUGCCGCUUGCAGAACACAACGGUCCCGAGAGGGCUCUCGUGGCUGCGCUCAGCACCCUCAGCUGCAAUGGUCCGCUCUUCAGUGCGUGGUGUGCGCUGUGCUACACGUGUGUGGGCGCCUCGCUGCUGGUGAGCACAUCUCAGCGCCGUCGGGAAGGGGAAAAUGCGGCCGCAGACCUCUCCACGAACGACUUCUCGGCAUCAGAGGAGGCCAUCCGCAGCGCUCUGCAACGCCUUCGCCACGCCUGGAACUCAGCCGUCGAACUCGCGGACGCGGCGACGGGUGGCUUGAGCCGACCCGGCAAGUUGGCGGCGCGAAGAGGCGUCGACGCGUGUGCGACGCUGCGGUUAUGGGCGACGGUUUACACAACGUGUACUGCAUUUGGCUCAGUCGCCGAGGCAGCGCCGAUCACGCAUGAGAAGGGCGGUGAAAACCGUGAGCUGCAAGCCCCACCGCUCUCCCUAUCUCUCUGGGCGGUGCAGUGGUACUGCGAGUGCACUCGCGUCGCCGCGCACGGCGCGGAUGAAGGCUUUCACUCGGAAGAGGCAGGAGUGCCCGUGGAACUCGUGACUCGCGUCAUGUGCUACAUGUGUCACCGCCUCGAAGCUGAGGUAGUGAGGCGUGCCCGGAGGCGUGAAUGCACGGGGUCUGCAGCGUCUCUGCUCAUUGCGCCUCCUUCGGAGUCCAGCGCCCCUGCUCCCACCGUGCCGCCGCUCCGUGUUGGGACCUUGACUGCUCUCGCCCUGCAGUCUGCCAUGCAUCUCGUCGGCGACGAUGCGGACCGCCGCGGCGGGGCGGCGAAGCGCUCUGGCGGCCGCAGAGGCAGGGCGCCGCUGAGGCGCCGACGUCAUGCAUGGCAGAGGAGCUCCGACGACGACGAUGACAGCGAUGCCGACAGCAGUCUGGAAGACCCGGACUAUGGCGGUGGGACGGAGGGAAGGUGGUGCGGGCGCACCGACGCGCAGAGCGGCGCUUCGCGUUUCAUCUUCGGUCAGCAGGAGCGGUAUGAAGUGGCCAUCGCCUCUGGGGUGUUCACCACCUACUCGGUGUGCCCUGCCGACGACGAUGUGGCGCAGCCCGCUGACCGCCAUUACAUGCAUCGGCUAACCGGGGAGCAGUAUCUCCGCAACGGCACGGUGCACUGGUGGACGCUGAGGGAUUCGCAGCGUCACCGGCAGCUGAUGGCAGAAGCCCGGAACACGUCAUAG